AUGCUAACUCCUCCUGCAGCUAUCGUGUGCCAUGUCUCUAGCCGAAUGGACUUCGCGCGGGCAUUGCGGCUCGCGAACUCUCUCAGCGCUCGCACGCCUGCCGAUCUUGCGAACUUGGCAGGCUCUGGAUUUGACGACGGGAGCCACGGACUGCCUGACUUCGGCUCCUGCUCUCCAAAAUAUAUUCCGUGGUCGCUGGCACCUGCUCGCGCUGCAUCUCCCGUUCGCGUUCCGGCGAGUCGGCAGUCCAAAAAGCGGCGCGAUUGCAUAGCGCCGCUUCUACGAGCCGUCAGCCGCGCACUCAGAUGCGAGAGGCGACUAAGCCUGCACCGGCGUCCCGCUUGUCUGCGUGAGCCGAUUGCCUGCGAGCGCUCGGAGGAGGACGAGCCAGAAUCGUCAUUGGCCCUCUAUAACCCCUUCGCCGAGGACGUUUAUUGCGAUCAAGAGCUCCCCGCUCCCGCCAACAUUACAAGAUGCUCCUCGCGCGCGUCCUCGCUGUCGGACCCGUCGGACCGGACGGACGGUCUCAGCAACGCUGGCAAGCUUUCAGCUCUGUUCGCCGGCGAUCUGUCGGACCUAUCUGACGAUGGCAGCGAUGCGGCGGUGGCUGGAGAGGCGACGUGCCGGCGGAGUUCUCGAAAACGGGCGCGCUCUCCUUCUCCGAGUACUGCUAUAGGCUCGUCCGAUCAGGCAGCGAGCGGCGGGGCUGGGAAGGAGAAGCGAGCAACAAGAGGACGAAGCCAUACGCGCGCCGUUUGGGACAAGCUACCACCUCGUGAGCCCAAGCUAGUCGAGCCGUCGUCGCCACGCGGCGGGCCGCAGCGCCGUGUGGGCGCGACUGGCGGAGAUGUCGGAGCGCGGCCGCCUGCGCGAAAGAAGAAAAAGAAGCCCCGACACGACCCUGAACACGGACAAAAACGACGAGCUCACCAAGACAGCUUGGGGGAGGCGAAGAAGGGGCUGAAGGAUGACGCGAGGGAGGAUAUACGCGCGCGCUCUGGACCGUGGGGACGCCUCCACAAGGAGAACUCCUCUCGAGGCCGGGCGUUCAGAGUGCACGGCGUAACCGCGGACGCUAGGGUCGAAUACGCUGUCUGCAGAGGCGGCUUUAGAGGGCAGCGCCUGGACCCCUUCGACCUACCCAAAGAUCUACCGACCCUUGAUGCGCUGGAAUUCUGGCGCUAUGACUGGAAGGACGGGAUCAUUGUCGUUCUCGCUGGCAAGUCGGAGGGACAGGGGGCCGCAGAGUUUUGGGCGGACCUCUUCAAGCGUCUCUCCGCCAAGCUCAACGAGCUUCCUGCCGAGCUGCCCGAUGCCCUCCCAGCCGAUAACAAGGACACGGCUAACCGCGGGGACUUCGCGGCGAUCAACUUUGGCGUCUCGUACGGCGGUGGCAACCUCAAACCUCUGGCGAAGGUGCAGCAUGCAAAGGACGGCCGCGUCGCGCAGGAUUAG